AUGUCGUCCCCAACUAUGAAAGCUGUAAACUACCAAGGACCUUACAAGGUCAAGGUCUCGGAAGUAUCGUUGCCUAGAAUCCAACAUCCCGACGAUGUCAUUGUCAAAGUUACCACCGCUGCCAUCUGCGGCUCAGACCUACACAUGUACGAGGGAAGGACUGCUGCCGAGGCAGGCAUCACGUUUGGUCACGAAAACAUGGGAAUCGUUGAGGAGCUUGGAGCCGGUGUCACUCUCCUCAAGAAAGGAGACCGGGUCGUCAUGCCCUUCAACGUCGCCGACGGCCGCUGCCACAACUGCGAAGAAGGACGGACGGCAUUUUGCACUGGUGUGAACCCUGGGUUCGCCGGUGGUGCUUACGGAUACGUUGCCAUGGGACCAUACCCUGGGGGUCAGGCGCAAUAUAUCCGAGUGCCUUACGCCGACUUCAACGCCCUCAAGCUUCCAGCUGGCAAGGAAUUUGAGUCAGAUUUCAUUUUGCUUGCGGAUAUCUUCCCCACUGGCUGGCAUGGCAUCGAGCUGUCGGGCUUCAGGCCCGGUGAGAGCGUCGCGGUUUUCGGCGCCGGUCCUGUCGGUCUGAUGGCUGCUUACUCUGCAGUUCUCCGUGGUGCAUCAAGAGUCUUCGUGGUCGAUCGCGUUCCCGAGCGCCUUCAGGCCGCCGAAAAGAUCGGAUGCACACCAGUAGACUUCACCAAAGGUGAUGCUGUUGAGCAGAUCAAGAAAAUCAACGGCGGAGAAGUCGACCGCUCAGUGGAUGCGGUCGGGUACCAGGCUGUGAGCGCCGGUGGAAACACGGAGCAGCCCAAUAUCGUUUUGGAAAACAUGAUCAAGGUCACGCGAGCAUGUGGCGGACUUGGUGUCCCGGGACUUUACGUUCCCAGCGACCCUGGUGCGUCAGAUGAUGCCUCGGCAAAGGGAAUGAUCAGCCUGAGCUUCGGUAAGCUCUUUGAGAAGGGACUCUCCCUUGGGACUGGACAGUGCAAUGUCAAGGCCUACAACCGAUACCUGCGUGAUUUGAUCAUUGCAGGCAGGGCCAAACCCAGCUUCGUCGUCUCGCACGAGAUCAACAUCGACGACGCCGAAGUCGCGUAUGAGAAAUUUGAUAAGAGAAUUGACGGCUACACGAAGGUCCUCAUCCACCCCAACGGUGGCUUUUGA